AUGUUAUUUUCUACUUUUGUGUUGAAGAUAACAAAGAGAGGUGCAUCAGAGGAGGAGUGGAAAAAAUGGCAAUGGAGAUCAAUCAAUGACGUCUAUAUGAACGGAGCAUUUUUCAGACAAAGUGGACCUGUGCUGACUAACACGCCAUUCUCAAAAAAGGACAUGAUCAAAGCUAGACCCGGAACUUAUGUGGGAAGGCUUACUCGAUUUUCUGGUAGCCUUAGAUGUAGACGGAGAAAGGCUUGUUAG